CACUUGUUUAUAAGCUUCGCCAUAAACUAUAAGCUAUCAACAUAAGUUAGUAUUACCUAACAAACAUAAACACUAGAAAGUAGAAAGUGAGAUUGUUGGAAAAUGAUGAGAGUAAAAUGAAUAAAUAAAUAAAUAAUAUCAAACAGUUAAUACUGAUUUUUUUCACCUUUGCGAUCAGAAGUUCAGAACUCAACACUCUGAGAUCCAUUAUCAUUAGCUCUACAGACGCUAAUGUUUCUCCAUCUCAUACAACAGCGUUGAAUCGAUUGUCGGAUUUGAAGAAAACGAGAGCAGGCCAUGGCACCUCCAGCUCAAUCUCGUCGGAACCCAUCUCCUUCUCAGCCAUCGGGAGGGAAAUUGCGCUCAACAAGCCCACUAAUUGUUUCCAAAUUUGCAAAAAAGCAAGGAAAUUAUUCGUACCCAGUGGCUCUUCACUGUUCAUAAAGGGAGAGGUCACCGACCUCAAAAUGCAGCUCCGCCAGCUGGCGGGCAGCCGAGCUCCGGGCACAGAUGACACCAAACGAGACCUCUUCAAGAAGGUCAUCUCCUACAUGACCAUCGGGAUAGACGUGUCGUCUGUGUUUAGCGAGAUGGUCAUGUGCUCGGCCACUUCAGAUAUUGUCCUGAAAAAGAUGUGCUAUUUGUACGUGGGAAAUUACGCGAAGCACAAUCCCGACCUUGCUCUCCUCACCAUAAACUUCCUCCAGAGAGAUUGUAAGGACGAGGAUCCCAUGAUUCGAGGCCUGGCCCUGAGGAGCCUGUGCUCGCUUGGCGUGGCUAAUUUGGUGGAGUAUCUUGUGGGCCCGCUGGGAAACGGGCUGCGAGAUGGGAAUAGCUACGUGAGGAUGGUGGCUGCUGUUGGUGUGCUAAAGCUGUACCACAUUUCGGCCUCGACUUGCUUGGAUGCGGAUUUUCCGGACCUGCUUAAGCAUUUGAUGCUUACAGAUAAAGAUGCUAAGGUGGUCGCGAACUGUUUAACUUCUCUACAAGAGAUUUGGAGUCUGGAAGCAGCUACUUCCGAGGAGGCGGCAAAGGAGAGAGAAUCAUUGCUUAGCAAGUCUGUUAUUUAUUACUUUUUGAACAGGAUUAAGGAGUUCGGUGAAUGGGCACAAUGUAUUGUGUUAGAGCUGGUUUCUAAAUAUGUUCCUUCGGAUAGUGAUGAGAUCUUUGACAUCAUGAAUCUUCUUGAAGAUAGACUUCAACAUGCAAAUAGUGCAGUUGUCUUGGCCACUAUUAAGGUUUUUUUACAUAUGACCUUGUCCAUGACCGAUGUUCAUCAACAGGUUUAUGAGCGCAUUAAAGCUCCUCUCCUCACCUUGGUAAGCUCAGGAAGUCCAGAGCAGUCAUUUGCAGUCUUGAGCCACCUUCAUCUACUGGUGAUUCGUGCACCAUUUAUUUUCGCUUCGGACUACAAGCACUUCUACUGCCAGUAUAACGAACCAUUUUACGUCAAGAAACUGAAGCUUGACAUGCUCACUGCCGUGGCUAAUGAUAGCAAUACAUAUGAAAUUGGUAAGAUGAGUAUUUACUAUUUAUGCACUUCUUCCGUGAAACAAAGAAAUUAUCAACUUCCUAAUGCUCAAUCCUUCUGCUCCAAUCCAGUGACCGAGCUUUGUGAAUAUGUUGCGAAUGUCGAUAUUCCAAUGGCAAGAGAAUCUAUCCGAGCAGUUGGCAAAAUCGCGUUGCAACAGUAUGAUGUGAAUGCCAUUGUUGAUCGGCUGCUUCAGUUUCUGGAAAUGGAAAAGGACCAUGUGACUGCAGAAACUCUCGUUCUUGUCAAGGAUCUUCUAAGGAAAUAUCCUCAGUGGAGUCAGGAUUGCAUAGCAGUUGUAGGGAAUAUCAGCAGCAAAAAUAUUCAGGAGCCGAAAGCCAAGGCAGCUCUUAUUUGGAUGCUCGGGGAAUAUGCUCAGGAUAUGCAAGACAGUCCUUACAUUUUAGAGAGCCUUAUCGAGAACUGGGAUGAGGAACAUUCUGCAGAGGUCCGUUUGCAUCUCUUAACGUCAGUAAUGAAGUGUUUCUUGAGAAGGCCACCAGAGACUCAAAAGGCUCUGGGAGCAGCUCUUUCUGCUGGUCUUGCUGACUUUCAUCAGGAUGUUCGUGAUAGGGCUCUGUUCUACUACAGGCUUUUGCAGUAUGAUGUAUCUGUAGCCGAGCGCAUUGUAAAUCCUCCAAAACAAGCUGUUUCAGUUUUUGCAGACACACAGAGUAGCGAGAUUAAAGAUCGCAUUUUUGACGAGUUCAACACUCUAUCUGUAGUGUACCAAAAGCCAUCCUACAUGUUCACUGACAAGGAACACCGGGGCCCAUUUGCCUUCUCGGAUGGGCUCGUCAACAUGUCAAUCUCUGCUGAACCCGAUGACAGCAUGGCAAUAGCCCAAGGAGUCGAGGCAAACGAUAAAGACUUGCUUUUGAGCACUUCCGAGAAGGAAGAGAGUCUCGGUUAUGCCAACAAUGGUUCUGCAAAUGAUGGCCCUUCUUAUAAUAGUAAUCUUGCGGCAAAACCUGGUGGUGGUCUAAUGGACCUUGUGUCCCUGGACCAGCCAAUCACCGUAAGUCAGACAGGUGCCAGCCUGGCGAUUGACGAGCUUCUUGGUCUAGGGAUUUCGGGUGAUGGGCCUAAUCCGGGCCCACCGAGUUUGGUUCUUAGUGCUAAGGCUUCUGUGGAUCCGAAUGUUUUUCAGCAAAAGUGGCGCCAGCUGCCAGUUUCCAUAACCCUGGAUAUCUCGAUCGAUCCACGAGGAGUUGCAGCAAUGGCAAACCCACAGGCUCUUCCCCAACACAUGCAAACCUAUUACAUACACUGCAUAGCCUCCGGUGGCCAAUCCCCGAAUUUCAAGUUCUUUUUCUUUGCACAAAGAGCAGAGGACUCGUCGGCUUAUCUGGUCGAGUGUGUAAUCAACUCGUCUUCGUGUAAAGCGCAGCUAAAGGUCAAAGCUGAUGACCAGAGCACAACACAGGCUUUCUCGGACUUGUUUCAAUCGGCACUCUCCAAACUCACCAUGCCUUGAAGUAAACAAAUGAGAGCCUUUUGUAAAAUUUAAGUGAUUUUUCUUAGUGUGUGUGUGUAGUGUGUGUACAUUAGGAGUGGAGUGUGGAGAUUGCUCUUUAUGUUGUGUGUUUAAAUUGUUUUAAUGGCUGAGUUCAUUUUUGGUGACCUUUUGGAAAUUGAGAAAGACACUCUCUUGCAAGAGGAAUGGUUUACAUAACUCAAUCUCAUCUGUUUCUCUCCCAGUUUUUCCCAUAUAAAACCAGCGGUAACAGAAAAACUCUUAAAUACAAAAUGCGG